CCCAGUUGAUAGUCUAAUCAUAUUUUUAUGAAAGUAAACUUAUGUACAAAUAAAUAAAGCUAUCUGCUUGUGUAGCAAGAACGUAACUGACAUUAAUUUGUUUUUACAAACCAUUAGGGUAACAAAAAUUUGGACAUUCGGAUAGAUAAAGUUAAAAACAACUGAGUCUGUCUGUACAAUGAUGUUUUUGGCGUGGAUGAGUAUCGUCUUCAGUGUUUCUAUUCAGAUGUCGCUGCAACAGAUAAUCUCAGUUGAUGUAAACGAGGGAGAUGCUGCAUCCAUCCAGUGUAACACGACUGACUUAGCAGACACAGAAAUCUACUGGACAAGGAAUGAUACGCACGCUAACUUUCACAGAGAUGGACUAUUUUUGAAUUUCACAAGCAUAAGUCGAACAGACCAUGGGGAGUACAUUUGUAAUUCAUUUGAUAACAAGACUCAAGUGUUGACAGAAAUAGGAACCGUGAUGAUAAACGUUUCUUAUAAGGCAGAAGUAAAAUCGAUAAGAAUUGAUCCACAAGAACUAACAGAAAAUGGUACUUACACGGUUUACUGCGAUGUUGACGGAAAUCCUCCACCACAGUGGCGCGUGAGGAACAAUUACACAAAAGAACUGCUAGAUUCAGCACGUGGGUCGGGACCACUUAUCACUAGAUCUAUCAAAGGGAAAUGUGGAGAUACAGGCCCAAUUGUCUGUGAAGCAAACAACACCUUAAACAAACAGCCAGCCUAUAUGACUGAAAACUUUACGGUUUACUGUUCCCCAAGACCGCUAGAAAGUAAUAACUACAUUAUCCAUGGAUUAGUCGGUGGCCAAGCUUUCCUGAAAAUGCACUUCCUAGGUUAUCCAUACCCUAAUUACACUUGGUCACGUGACGAUGGACAGCCGGUAACACAUGCGACACAGAUAGAUUACCCGUCAUUAACUGCUUUAAAUUUUUCUAACAUUGCCAUUGCUGAUUUGGGUAAUUACACAGUAACAAUGGAAAAUUCGUACGGAUACUACGCCGCGGAGUUUCAGCUGAAAGCCUGGGGAUUCCCAGAAAUGCCUUACAACCUUAGUUAUAGUGAUGUAACUUGGAACAGUGUAAGAUUGUACUGGACAUCAGGGUUCGACAUGGGUGCUCGCCAACAUUUUAUCAUCAGAAAGUUAGUCGAAGGAAACUCCUACACGACGAUUUCAGAAAACAUAUAUGACAAUUCCUCAUCUCACGGAGUAGGUCAGAACUGGACAUACCUGCAGACUGGCCUUGAAAGUGACACAAAUAUUACACUGACUGUACAAUCAGUAAACGAAUUCGGAUUACCUUCACAUUAUUUGCCUGGUGUCACGUUCCACACUUUACCAUUACCAAACGGAUCAAGUCGUACAACGGACAGUAUCAUCGGAGUUACUUUCGUAUUGGUUGUACAUCUUCAAUGGUUACUUCCAUAGCGCACAUACGAUGGAGAAACAAUAUAGAAGUACUGUUGUCACAAAAAAAGCGUUUUACAAAUAUUGUGUUUCUUUUGUUGAAUUAAAGUUACAUUUUAUAUCAAAUGGCAAUUUUCCAGCUUUGAUGGUGGAAGAAGACCGAAUGUUCACUUCCGGGCAUUAUUCCAAUCACGUAGAACCAGAGAUUUUCCGAAUGCUAGCUGAAAUACUUCCUCACAUGACGACCCAAACGGGCUCGAAACGAGAGGUGUGUAGCAAGGGAUUCAAAAUCAACGACCUAAAACACUCGGUCAUAUUAUCGUAUCUCUUUUGUUGAUACAGCAAAACAGCAAAGAGUUAUGGUAAAUAACUGAAUAGCAACUAUUGUUGUUUAUUUCAUGUCAGACAAUAUUACGCGUAAAAAUAUUUUUAAUGUUUUUUUUUAGACAAGGCGUAAAAGAGCUUGGGCGUUUGUGCGAUUGUGACGUCAUGAUACUUUUCUGGUGGUAACAAACAAAACGUAGUAAUAAUACGGAUAAAUUUUCGUUAAAACAUAAAAGUAAUAAAAAUAAGAAUAUAUGUAUAACCAAAUUUUGUUUGUUGUGCAUAUAAGAUCAAAAUAUCCUUUACUUGGGAACUCGUGGCUGCGGCAAAUAGUGAAAGUAUUGCAUGUGUCGUCACACGUGGAUAGAUAUGUGCAAUCUUCCACAGAAACAUAUCUCUUCUUUAUAAGUUCUAGGGUGUUAUAUAUUACCAGCUAUAUAACCAGCUACGUGUAUAUUUUCCGCUGAAUUUUGUUUCAAGCCAUUAAAAACGACCAUGCUGGUUUUGGAAAUUUGUGUUUACAAUGAAAAAGUCAAAAUGAAAUUGUAAAGCACACAAUGGACAAAGAUGAGCAGUUAAAACUACAAGAGUAUGCUGUCUCUGCCUUGCUAGUACAUGUCAUCAUUUAUCCAGGACCACAAUGGUAAUAAGGGGUUUCACGCUCCCCUUUUUGUGUCAUCCUUGGUAUAUGAAAACAUAUCCUGGUACAUUUUGCACGUAUUGGUAUUUUAUGUUAGUAAUGAUUCUUAAUUGUCUAUUCCUAGCCAUUGUAUAUGUGAUAUUUGAAAUUCUUAAUUUGUGUUUGUACCAUACCAUGUAUUUGAUAUACUGAAAUCAAUCAAUCAAUCAGUCUAUUGUGACUUUAAACAUACAUUGUUAUUAUAUUGUAAAGUUUCCA